GGGCGUUAACAUUAAGUGAAUUGACUAGUGUUUCAUUAAGCAAAUAUGAGAAGAAAAUAAGCUGACUGCAACAAUUCUGAUAAUUUUGCGGUUGUCAUCAAAGUAUAUAAGGGCUAAAUGGAAUAAAGGUCCAACAUUCACUUCGAUAAGCUGAGCAAGAAACUGUGUCGUGACAAACGUAUCCACAACUUUAAAAUGAAGAUCUGGUUGCUCCUCAUAGCUUUUGGCCUCGUUUUCGUUUCUGUUGAAUGCUCUUAUGUGCUGCCACCGAUACUGAGUUUGUCCGAAUUCCUCUGGCAAAAAACAGUUCAGCAACAUCAGGCUGCUCUGACUUCAUCCUUCAUUCAAGGACUUGUGAAUAUUUCGUUAGACCCUACCAGUUUCGGAGCAUAUAUGGUGCAGGACCCUCUUUAUUGCUACAUUGUCAAUAAAGUGCUUGACUUUGCCGCCACCAGAGUGAAAAAUAAUCCCGAGUUAAAGGAGUUUUUCGAAGCAAGAUCCAGCAGCUGUGAAAUGUAUUACAAAGCUCUUUUGAAAGAAUGGCAUAUAUCGAAUGUAACUGGAAUAAGCGCCGGAACUGCCAUUGUAGGAUACUUGAAACAUUUAUAUAUAGUACCAUACAAACUGGACCCCAUAUACGUCGUCGUUGCCCUAAUACCACGUGCACGGCUUUGGCCUUGGCUUGGCGGUCAGAUCGAUGCCGAAACGAGAAACUUUGGUGUCUACAGCAAAUGGGUGACCGAAAAUUUGAACCCUGGUUCUCGUGGUUAUGAAAAAUAUGAGGCAGUAAUUAACAACGCGGCUGAGCAGGGUCUUAUUGACAGCCAGAAGGCGUUGCAGGUGUACACACGUAGCAUGCAAGGGGAGGUGGACUUCUUCUCUUCUGUGUAAAAUCUGAAAAGAAAAUCAUGUGUUCAAAAUAAAGAUAUUCCUUUAUUUUAGUGUAUAUAAGUGCUCAUUUUAGUGUAUAAAAGUGCGCUGAUAAAGAAUUUUCAGCAACAA